UUUCUCAAAAUUUCACCAAGAAAUCUCAAAAUUUCUAUAAAAUCAAAUUGUUUCCUUGGAAUUCCUCGGCGCCGAUUGCUUUUGUGGCGCAAAUUCCAGCAGUGCAGAUAAAAAGAGAGGAAGUGUGAAAAGUGAUAAGCUCGGAAUCGUCCCCGUCCGUCUCGCUGUUGCUAAUUGCGCGAGUCGAAAAAUCUCAAACGCGCUCUAACCGCCAAGGCAAACUUUUCGCAUAUGCGAGGCGCUCAAAAGUUGAGACAAAAUAUUUUAUUCAUUUUGGGUUUUGAUGUCGCCAGUGGAGACUUUUUGCCAGUCUGAGAAUGAAAUCCAACCAGUUCAACUGGCUCGGCCGGAUUUUUUUCUGUUAAUUUUUAUUGCAGCUUCUUUUUACAUUUCCACGGCGCCAGCGUAAUUCCAGCAGCGCAAAUAAAUCAACGCCCCUGACUGACUUUUUUUAUUCUAAUUAAGGCGCAGUUUUGAAAGAAAAUCGCGCAGAAAAGCACUCGCGAUCAAAGCGAGACUCGCAGCGCAAAACCAAAUACAGAGAGACUCACUUGUUGCAUUUGCAGGCCAAUUGCUGCGCGGGCACAGGAUGUGUUACACGCCAAACCAAACAGCUCAUAAUACCCGAGACUUAUAUGGGCGCUUCAAACUCUUCAUCGGCCCUGAACCUUUGGGGAGGCACGCGAGGGGCGCACGUCGUGAUGGUCGGGCUGGACGCUUCUGGCAAAACCACCGUCCUGUACCAGCUGAAGGAAAACCGCAAAGUGGUGACCACGCCCACGAUUGGCUGCAACGUGGAGACCAUCGAGGAGCCCUUUGUCGGGCUGCCCUUGACCCUGUGGGACCUGCGCGGGCUGGGGCAGGCGCGGAACUUCUACCGCACCUUCUACCUGCAAAAGGAGGCGUUCGUCUUCGUCCUGGACAGCAGCGACCUUGACAGAAUCGCUGAGGUCGCCGAGGAGCUGCAACUGCUGGCGAGCGACGCCAACCUGACGAGGUUGCCCUGCCUCGUCCUUGCAAACAAACAGGAUCUUCCAGGGGCCCUGACGCCCACCCAGGUAGCGCAGGCCCUGGAUCUUCAUCAGGUCUUCAAGGAAGAACGUCGAUGGCACGUUCAGGGCUGCUGCGCCGCCGAAAACCGGGGUCUGAGACCGGGGUUUGCGUGGCUCGCCAACGAAAUCCUCAAAAGACGUCAAAAUCUGGAAGAAAUUUAUUAGUACGUCAAAUUAUUUUUUUCCAAAUCUGUGUUGAAAAUAAUGUUUAAAAUUUGCAGUGCUUGCAAAUCUGGAAGUCGGGAAGUUUCUGCUGAUUCGUCUUUGGGUCGGCCAU